GCUGGACAUGGCAAAUACCUUACCUCCCAUGGCCUGCAGGCUCUGCUUCGCAGCCUUGGUCGUCGUCCUGACGAGCUCCGGCUUGGUCCCUCGAGCCACGAGCAGCGGCGUCCACCUGCUGGGGAGGUUCGAGGGCUGGAUUGAGAGGUACAAUCGGACAUACAAGGAUGCCCAUGAGAAGGAGAAGCGCUUUAGAAUCUUCAGGGACAACGUCAGGUUGAUCGAUUCCGUCAAUGGGCGGAACCUUUCAUACAGUUUGAGGGAAAACCAGUUUGCAGACAUGACCGACCUGGAGUUCAAGUCGACCCAUUUGGGUUACCGGCGGCCAGCCGCUAAGAGGUGCCAUUAUCACCGGCGAGAGGGAACCGGUUUUAGUAAUGCAAACGCACCGCUGCCUGACAGUGUUGAUUGGAGGGAUGGAGGCGCCGUCACGCCAGUCAAGAAUCAAGGCCGAUGCGGAAGCUGCUGGGCCUUCUCGGCGGUGGCAGCAAUAGAGGGCAUCACCAAGAUCAGGACGGGGGAGCUCCUCUCCCUCUCCGAGCAGCAACUCGUGGACUGCGACGUCGAGGGCGACAACAAGGGUUGCAAGGGAGGGUACAUGGAAGCGGCCUUCCGCUACGUCCAGAACUCCGGGGGGCUCGCCGAGGAAGCCGACUACCCUUACCACGGCGCCGGCGGAACGUGCAACCUGGACAAAGCCUCCGACGUCGCGGCAACCAUAACCGGCUACGCGACCGUCCCGUCCGGCAACCAGACCGCAUUGCAGAGCGCCGUGGCGAACCAGCCCGUGUCGGUAGCCAUCGAUGCCAGCGGAAUCUUCUUCCAGUUCUACUCUGCGGGCGUGUUCGCUGGGCCCUGUGGAGACGAUCUUAACCAUGGCGUCACGGUCGUGGGGUACGGAGAGAAGGGAGGGAGGAAGUACUGGACGGUGAAGAACUCGUGGGGGAAGGGGUGGGGGGAGAAUGGUUAUAUCAGGAUGAAACGUGAUGCUGCCGACAGGAAAGGAUUGUGCGGCAUCGCCAUGGAUGCAUCCUACCCUCUCAAGAAUUCACGUUGAACUCUUAUAUAUUGCUUUCCAUCAUGUACGUCUUCUGUUUCCAAUUGAACCAUUCUGAUUUUGCUGCUAAUAUACUGUUGUGGUGAAGGAGAGCAGCGUGUUGUAAGGACUAAAGAAGAUAUGAAGAAGCCCUUAAGAACUGCUCUAUGAGGCAUGGUUAAUAAUGCAAUUCAAUGGCUUGGUAGACUUCUAAAUCAGUGUAUCA